UCCUACCCACGUAAGACAUAGAUUCAUGACCGUGGUUAAGUGCAGUGACUUUUAGUUGGUAAUUCGAAGCUUCUAUGAUUGAAAUUGUAAGAAAAUAUUUUGUUACGUUUCGCUUUUCUGAAUAUUUGCUUAUUAUGUCCCUGAUGGAAACAUUAUACGAUAUGCAUCGCUGACAAGAUGACUCCCGCACAAAAAAAUGCCUAUCUCGAAGCUCAUAUGGCCGUACAACAGCAGAUGGCUCAAGCUGCAUUGCAGCUUCAACAUCAGCAUCACCAACAACAACUGCAACAGCAGCAUCUCCAGCAACAACAUAGCCUUAGCUAUAAUCGAGCUGCAAAGAAAACCAAAAUCAGCCACGACCCUCAUCAACUUCUACAGCAAGGAUCGCAUCAAUCACAGCAGCAUCAGCAUCAACCGGGGAGUUCGCCCUCUGCCCAUCCGAAUCCGACUGUCAGCCAUUACAUAAACACGAUAAAGGUGCCGCAAAUUAACGCCGGUACGCACGCAAGUGCUUCCAAUGCGGUCAUUAACACUGCUGCUCCUGCUGGAACGGUUACCAGCACCACCACUGCCACUAGUUCCGCAAGAAUUACUUCUACAGGAAGUACUAGCGGAAACAGUAUUGGCCGUGACGGUGGCGGUUGUAGCAGUGGUAGCAGUGGAAGCAGCACCUUCACCGUGCCUGAUGACGUCGGGAUGGGAUUUGAAGGUGGAGUACGCGUUCUUCAAAGUUUAGGGAAUUGGUCACCGGAGAUUCCACCCAACAUACCGCGACCGAACCUGAUACCAUUCACGGAACCGUAUGCCGAGGGUGGUUCUAUGCACCCGGCAACGCGACUAAAGGCCUUGCAGCAAGUGCACCAGUCAUCAGCUGCUGCUGUUGCAGCUGCAACAGUCGCUACUUCUAGCGCCUUACGUUCAAAAGCGUCUUCAGUGAAAAGCAAGGCAUCCGGGACGACAGCGGACCCUACUGCCUCGUCUAAACCGGUAUUCGAGUGCUCCGUGUGUGGAAAAGGGUUAGCACGCAAGGAUAAAUUGACCAUCCACAUGCGCAUACAUACCGGCGAAAAGCCGUACGUCUGCGAAGUGUGCGAUCGAGCGUUUGCGCGCCGUGACAAACUGGUGAUACACAUGAAUAAGUUCAAACACAUAACCCCAACGAAUAUAGCUCCACUCGGCAAGCGUCAGAAUCGUUCAUUCACGAUAGUGGAAAAGGAUGAGUUUAAAGGAGAAGACAAUACAUCACCAAUGCAGACCAACCAUCAGACAGUAGUGACGACCGUCGUAAACAAUAUUGCAAUUCAAAAUCAACAUCAACAACAGAACCAGUCGAAUAAUCAGCUGUCUCAACAACAACAACUAGUUCCUUCUAGCCUGCAUGUGCAACCCACUGCAUCCGACGAAUCACAAUUGGGAAGUAUCGGUUUUGAUCAGUCACACCAUUCGUUGUCGUGGCCGUGUGAACUAUGCGGCCGAAUGUUUGGUUCCCGAGAAGAAUGGACUGUGCACGCUAAAAGCCAUCUAGAGUUUGAAACCAGUUCUCGCAUGGCAAAGUAUUGAUAAUACGGUAGAUCAUUAUGCAACACUCUGGAGCACAGCUAUGAUGAAACACAACUUAAGGGCGAUAAGCGCGAUUCUAUAAUUUUUACUCAACAUGCAUUUUCCAUGAUAUAAAUUAAGUGAUGACCAAUUGGAAAUUACGACCAGGAUGUAUGCGAUAGCCAUAACCAGGAUGUUUUCUUCAUUAAAUUCCAAGUCAUCGGCUCUGUCGCUAUAUAAUAGCAAUUGCAAAUUGCUAUUCAAUCGUGAACCCACAACACAUAUCAAUCGUAAUCUAGCAGAAAUGCUAGAUGAAUAUUUCGCUACUUAAGGUCCGUUUAGUGAUUGAGCGAACCAAUACCUGUUUUUUUCAUUAUUCUAUUAUAAUUCAAAAUAUAUAUUCACUCUAAUUACAUAGAAAUGUAUGGUAAUAAACUUUAAUUUGUUCUAUAACAAUAAAAAAAAUCAUUAUGCGUUCAUGGUGAAA